AUGAGCAAGAUUCUGAAGUGGGUGCGAAUAGGGAAGAUUCCUUAUUUUCCGGGAAGAUAUAAGACUUGGGAGGGAAACGAUGAACCUUACAUGUUAGUAUUGGAUAUGUUAACAUUACUGCCCAUUCUGGCGGUUAGUCGAGACCGGAGGGCAGGUAUACUCGAUAACAGUGUAAUAUUCAAGAGCGCCGGUCUAUCCGUCUUCUCUAAUCUCGAUUUCAUGCCUAUUAUGACCCCUAAAGCUAAUGUUCUUAAUAACACGUCAAACAGAAAUUAUUUUAUGAAAACAUUUGAAAAGUUGAAAUCUAAUAGAAAGGGCGCUUUUGGGGAAGUAUAUAAAGUGAAGCAUAUAAUUGAAAAUGAAGUGUACGCGGUUAAAAUAGUCAAGUUUGAAGGUAGAUCGUUCGGCUACCCCCUCUCCCUCUGCUUCCUAUCCGCUCUAUGGGAUUUAACAUGGGAUUCCAGCUUAAGUCUAUAG